UCAGAUAGCAAGAAAGCUAGCUUUUUCUUCACGCCUUUUCGUCUCUUCCUCCCUUUAAAAGAUAAGAAAACAAGUAUUAAACGCAAGCAAGAAUAACACACUUUCUUUUGCACCCACAAGCAAAGCAAACCUCAUCACCUCUCUCUCUCUCUCUCUCUCUCUCUCUCCACACCUAUAUGUAGGUGAGCCAGUUCAACAACAUAGCCUUCAUAAUCUCUCACUCUCUCUCUCUCUCUCUGAUUGUUUUCAUACUGGUUAUUUUAGAUUUUGCUUAUUUUGCUUGUUGUGUGCCUUUCAAAUCUCUCUCUGAUUGUUUUGUAUAUUAAUUUCUUUUAUUUUGAUACUAUUCCUAUUAAAUAUCUUGAACAAUUCUCUCUCUCACAUACAUAUCGAAUAUUUGAAUUUCAUUGUUUUGCUUAUUGUGUUCUUCCAAAUUGUCUCUCUCCGGUGUACUUGUAUUUUAACUGUUUCAACUCUUCCGUGCCUGCAAAAUCCUCUCCCUCUCACUCCUUCCUACAUUCUCUUUCCUUCCAUCAGAACAUCAGAACAUCAGAACUCCUCUCUCUUCCUCUUUAUUCUCUUCCCUUCCACAUAACCCCUUUUGAUGCAACCACAAUCAAUGCAUGCCAUUAAUGCAGCAGAAAAAGGGUAACACAAGGUAAAGAACGGUUUGCAGAUAAUAACCCAUCUCUACCGACAUUUGUGCUUCCUCAUUUAUAUCCCCCGUUUCAUAAAAAACACCCCAAAAAAGCAAUUUCCCACAAUAAAACCCAACUCUCUCUAUCUUUAUAUCCUAUCCAAACUCCACAAACAGAAAAAAGAAGAAGAAAAAGACAACACCCAUGAAUAGCUUCAAUUCCCAUCCAGAAUCCUUCCCUACAGGCCCCAAUUUCACCCCUCCCUACUACAAACGAUUCUUCGGUGCAAUGCCCACCGUCCAUCAAUCUCCACUACCUCGGCCCACCCCUUACCGCAACCUCCUCGACUUCUCUAGUCCCGACGAUGCGCUGGCGUCGUCCGUAGUCCCGCCGGUGACCGUGGUUCUUGAGGGCCGUUCCAUCUGCCAGCGCAUCCAUCUCCACAACCACACCAGCUACCAGAGUCUUGCAAGGGCCCUGCGUCAGAUGUUUGUCGACGUCAAUGGAGACGUUGGAGCAGCUACGACGACGUCGGAAUCUGACCUCAAUCUUACAAAUGCCGUGCCUGGCUACUUGAUUGCCUAUGAAGAUAUGGAAGAUGAUCUACUCCUCGCCGGUGACCUUUCUUGGAAGGAUUUUGUACGUGUGGCGAAGAGAAUUCGGAUACUUCCAACGAAGGCAAAUCGGCAAAAGGCUUGCAGUGGGCUGUAACUGUAAUUGCAACUAUCAUUAGAAAGAAGAAAGAGAGAAGAUAAAAGAAGAAAACAUCCUCCAAGUGGUUAGAGUGUUGGUUAGGGGUUAAUGCUUGCUUAGUGAAGACUAAACAAAGGCACCCUUUUCACCAAAACAUUACACCAUCUUUGUAUUGUGGGGCAUAAUAUAAUAGCCUAAAUACUAUUAAUUGUAUCCUAAACAUCUGCACAGCUUGUAGCUUAUGAUAAUCUAAAUAGAGAUUCUUGGUGUGUUUUGCCUUUC